AUGUCUGGUAAACGCGUUGCGAUUAUUGGUGCUGGAGUAGCUGGAUUGGUCUCAAUAAAAAGCUGCCUCGAGGAAGGUCUUGAACCGGUUUGUUUCAAGAGACACGAUGACAUAGGUGGUAUUUGGUACUACACAGAACAACUACGCAAAGGCCAAGCAGCUGCCACAUAUGACUCGGUAGUUACCAAUCGGAGCAAAGAAAUGUCAUGCUUCUCCGACUUUCCGUUUCCAAAGGAGUGGCCACCUUUCCUGUCACGUCUGAGAGUACAUGAUAAACCACACUUCCCGUCAUACCCUGGAUUAGAGACCUUUGAUGGAAUUAAGAUACAUUGCAAUGAGUAUCGUGAUUCAAGUAAAGUUAAAAGCAAAAGAUUUCUAGUUGUUGGUGCUGCCUCUACCGCUGGUGAAGUUGCUUGUGAACUCGCGAAAGAUGAUUCUAUACAGGUAUUUUUAAGUAUGCGACACGGUACCUGGGUGAUUCCUCGUAUUGGAGUGCAUUGCAUACCAGAUGAUUUGUGGUUUUCGAGAUCAGUAGUUGACAAAGCAAAAAUUAGUAAACAGUACAUCAAAGACUACAAAAUCGUAGGUUUACAGCCAUUGGAACCGCUAAAUUCCACAUCGUCAGUCAUGAUAAAUGAUGACAUACAACAUCGAAUCAUGCAAGGAAAACUAGUAUCUUUGACAGGAAUUGAGCGAUUUGAGGCAAACUGUGUAACGCUCACAGACGGGUCAACUCUAAGUGAUAUAGACGCCGUGGUCUUUGCCACUGGUUAUAAAAUGGCUUUUCCAUUUCUCAAAAACAGCCUGGUGUUUGAUAAGUCGGAUAAUUUGCAGCUUUACAAACUGCUGUUUCCAGUUGCUGUGCAACAACAACCAGACAGAAUGGUCCUAAUUGGCAUGUUCAAUCCAGAUGGCCCUAUUUUUUCAACCAUUGAACUGCAGGCCAGGUGGGCCGUCAACGUGUUUAUUCGGCGUGCCAAGCUACCAACCGAGGAUACAAUGCGUGUUGACAUCGAGGAAAGAUGCAAAUAUAUGAGAAUGUACCAUGAACUUGCCGAGGAACUUAAUGCAAACCCAUCAUUCUGGAAAAUGUGUAUUUCUGAUCCUCGGUUAGCUAUUGCGUGCUGGUAUGGACCUCAGACCCCGUAUACGUAUCGCUUACAGGGGUCGAGAACAUGGGAUGGCGCUCGUGAAGCUAUAUUGUCUAUAUGGGAGAACACUAUAUCGCCAACUAGUUCAUAUGCGAUUGAUAUAGUUUUGGUAGUAUUGAUUCGAGGGUAG